AUGACCGAGAUUUAUUCCGCUGUGGGCCUCAGUCGCAACGCAAAGAAAGCUUUCAGGGGAGAUGCCCCGGCAUGCAUUGCGGCGCCCUGCGUGGACAAGGCUGCUCUCCCCAGCCCGCGCUUGGGAGCGGUCAAAAGGAACGCUCGACGCCAGGAGUUCAGCCUCAGCACAAAGCGGCGCUGCGCCGGCCCGAGCCCUGUAAAGCUUGGCAAUCAGCUGGCAGUGUGGGUCGCCGCAUUCAUGACACAAGCCUUGCACCUGGGUAUUGUUUUCUGGGUUGAGAAUCCCUGGCUCAGCUUCAUGUGGGAUUUGCACGAGUUUCAGCAGCUGGCUUGUUCCGCCAGCGUUGGUUGGUUCACGGUGGACCAGCAGGACCUGCUGUUGCCCACGGACUUGCUCUCUUUCGACAAGCCGAUCCUUUUCUUCAGGAUUGAAAAGGCGGGUUACGUGGUGGUGGAGCUGUGCAUGCCUACCACUCGGGCAUGCCUCUCGUUGACCUGCUGUGGACGGAAGCGCGCCACCUUUCCAAGCUGCUGCGGCUUCAGGAGGGCGAAGGAGAAGGUGAAGGAGGGGCCGACCUAUCAAUGUGGAGGGUCCCUUGCGGGCAGCCCGAAAUCGCGCUUUGCCGGUUUGCGGAUGCUGCCUUUUGCUUGCCUCGACCCAGCAGAUGCGGACGAGGGCGUGGUGCUCGACGGCCAGUUGGCCAGCUGCGCUGCAGAUGAUGCCUGGCUGGGGGUGCGGGGCCGUCCUGGUGUGCUAAAAGGGAAGUACCAGUUCGAGGUGGAGCUGCAGAACCCGUGUCUGCUGCGUGUGGGCUGGGCGGCUUUGAACGGGCGCCGGGCCCUGGGCACGGACGAGCGCUCCUUCGGCUACGGGGGCACUGGAAUGAAGUCCAACGCGGGGCGUUUCGAGAAGUACGGGGAGAUCUUCGAGGCCCAGACAGGCGCGGUGGUGACCUGCCUUCUGGACCGCCAGGAGCCCAGGCGCCACAGCAUCAGCUACUGCCUCAACGGCCGUGCCUUGGGGGUCGCCUUCCGCCUGCCGCCCUGGCUGGCGGAGGUGCCUCUGUACCCGGCGCUCUGCGGUCGCGAAGACUGGCAGGCGCUGUGCCGCUUCCGGGAUCUGCGCUUCCCUCACGGGGGGUUUCGGGACCUGGACGAGGCCUGCGCGUCCCACGUGGUGGGGGAGAAAGAUGCCGAGAACGAGGCGGCUAAGGCGGUCUUUGCGGCUGCGCCCUUUGUGGAGGAGCGCGAGCUGAAGCAGCUGGAUGUGCCGGACGAGAACCUCGUGGAGUUGGAAGGCGAAGACGGAAGCAUCGACGAGAAGGAGCUGAAGUCCUGGUUGAUACAGGAGUACGGCAUCAGCAGCGCGGACUUCCACGCGGAGUUCGCGCCAGCGCGAGGAAGGGCGGUGCUCGCCUUCACCAGCCACCGGGUGGCGCGGAGCAUGCAGAACGCUCCGCCGCCCAGGUGCCAAGUGAGCCUGAGGCCCAGCUUCAGCGCCGCGGCGCUGGACCUCAUCCGAGCCAAGCGCCCAACCAAGGGCGCCACCACCGACGCGGUGGCGCGGCGCCUCAUCGCAGGUGCCUUGGACGGGGACACGGUGAUCACCAAGGACCAGCUGCGCGCGAUCCGUGCCAAGGCGUCUGCGGCGCCGGCGGAGGAAGAGACCGCGGCCGCGCGCGCGAGAAAUCCACGCUGCCCGCCGGCCCCGGCGAUGCCCACUCUGGACACGGACACCGAGUCGGAGUCCAGCUCCUUUGCGGCGGGGGCGACAAAGCCAAAGCGCUUCGAAAGCGGCCGGGGGGGCGGCCCGAAGACACAAGGCCGAAGGAGCGCGCGCGGGGCGCACCGGCGGCUGGGCGGCUGCUGGCUGGGGCGCUGCGCGGCGUCGGGGCCGUCGGGGCGAGGCGAGCGAGCGGGCCUGGGCCCGCGCAACGCGCUGGCGAAAAGCCGCGUGACCGGGGAAGUCUCGGGGUGA